AUGGAAAUUAACAUGAGGUCUGAAGGCAAGUGGGUUUCAAGUUCAGGCAUUUUGAAGGGAAGGAUAAACAUCAAAGCAAAGGAAGGUAAUAUGGACGGUCUGAGAGAACUGGUGGAGAAAAUGAAUACUACCCAAAAGGAUGCAUUCAGGAGGGAGUAUGGGAAUUUGUUGGGCCUGAUAGAGGUGGAAGUUCAAAUAUCAGCAAUUACCACCUUAGCCCAGUAUUAUGAUCCACCACUGAGAUGUUUCACUUUUCAGGAUUUCCAAUUGGUGCCAACAGUGGAAGAAUUUGAGCAAAUCUUAGGUGUAUCUCUUGAGAGAAAAACUCCAUACAAUUACCUUAGGCAGUAUAUCCCUGUUUUGCAACUAGCAAGAAUCAUAAAAAUACACCCUAUGCAGUUGGAAAGGGAAUUCACAACCAAAGGAAAAGUGAGGGGCCUUCCUCAGGGAUACUUGGAGGUAUACCUGCAUCGUUUGGCUGAAGAAGAAAGGUGGGAAACAUUUAUGGAUGUAUUGGCUCUUCUCCUUUAUGGUGUCAUGCUUUUUCCUAACGUCAAGAACUUCAUCGACAACGCCGCCAUAAAUGCAUUUGUGGGAUACAAAGAUCGCUUUGAGAAUCCGGUCACUGCUGUCCUAGCUGAGGUUUAUGGGACCCUUCAGCAUUGUUAUGAGAAAAAGGGAGGACAAAUGUUAUGCUGUCUGCCAGUGUUGUAUGUGUGGUUUGUCUCUCGGGUGAUUAAGAAUGCCUUGAAUGCGACAUGUCCCGUGGAUGAGCUACUGCAGUGUAAACCAAAUAUGAAAGGGACAAACGAAUGGGCGCAACUCUGUGCAGGUUUAAAUGUGGAGCAAAUUAGAUGGAAUGUCCCUUGGCAACAAAGAUCGCAAAUCAUAUAUUAUUGCGGGAGGUACCCUAAUGUUCCCCUCAUGGGUAUCAGGUGUUGUAUUAACUACAAUCCUGUGUUAGCACAAAGGCAAUUCGGGUAUCCUUUGAGAGGAGCACCUACACCUGCAUCUCUGGCCACAUUGCAAAUCUAUUAUGAGAAAGGAACCUUUGCCGAGGUGCUGAGUCAAAUUAAGGAUGCUUGGGGCAACGUUGUUCGUGCAGAAAGGGACCCAAGGCCAUGGACUGUUGAUGAGAGAAUUCCUUAUAAUCAUUGGAUUGCAGAGAGGGUUAAGACAGUGAGGUUGCCUUUUGAGUUAAUUUCUCUUAAUCUGGAUUGUGAAGAGCAACAUCAAAAAGCUGAAGUGAGGAAGUGCAACUGUUGA